CGCAACUUCGCCUCCAUAAUCGAUUAAUCGCCUUCGACCCUUCGUCUUCCUCUUCGCAUAAAUUCAGGUGAGCUGUGAUGCUGUGAUGCUGGCCUGCUGCCCUGUGAGCUUGUGAUUUCAAGCUGUGAAAUGGUGAAUUUGUUAAUUGUUCAAGCUGUGAUACUGCCUGCUGGCCUGCUGCUCGCCUAGUCGGCAGUCGCCUGCUGCCCUGCUCCACUGCUCGAGAGUCGAGAGCGUGCUCUGCGCUCACCGCUCUUCGCUUCGUCGCUUCUUCUAAAGUCUAAUCUCCUAUUCUCAUUUUGCUAGUAAGUUGAUUUCUAAUUUUUAGUUUAAAAUUCUAAUCUUCAAUUUAAUCAAGUCUAAUUAGUUAAUUCUAUUAAACUUUGGUUGAUUUGUUAGUUGUUCACUUCAAGUCUUCAAUCACUUGUUUGUUUGGUAAACUUUGAACCUUUUGUUAAUGAGUAAUGACCUUAAUGUAAUAAUGUUGUUGGGUUUUAGAUGAAAUUUGAACCUUUUUGACCAUGUGAAUAUGUGAUUAUGUGAAUUGUGGUUUGUUUGGUAAAAUGAUCUUUGUAAAUAAUUUUUCUGGGGAAUUUUGCUUGCUUUAGUUGAUUAUUUAUUCAAAUUUCAGAAUGAAGAGAAAACGCACUCCAAAUGAACUGCAAAACAUUACUAGCUUCUUUGCUAAAAAGAAUCCUACUUCAACUUCUCUUCCACAUCCCACACAAAAUGAACAAACUAUAUCUCCACCUCAACAGAGUGAACAAACUAUAUGUCCACCUCAAGAAAGUGAACAACAUUCAUCUCCAUCUAAUUAUUCCACUCAAAAUUCCCCUCAAAAUGAACAAGGCCAAUGUUCUCCUAAUGCCCCAAUCUUUGGUGAAAGAUUAAGUGAACAUGAAUUUGCUAAUAUUCCACAAGAUCCAGGAAAGAGGAGAAAGAUGAGUCAAUUUCAUAAAGAUGAUAGAGAUUUAGUGAGAAGAAUUUACAUUCAAAGAAAGCCUUGUCAGCCCAAAGACUUUAUAUUUCCUCAAACUUCUAUUUUUGGCAAAAACCGUCGCUUUUGUGCUAAGUGGUUUGAUACUUGGACUUGGCUUGAGUAUAGUGUGGAAAAGGAUGCUGCCUAUUGUUUCCCUUGUUAUCUAUUCAAGGAUGAAAAUGCAUUUGGAGGUGAUGCUUUUGUUAGUGAUGGUUUCAAAUCAUGGAAUCGAUCGGAUUUAAUAAGAAAACAUGUGGGUAAGCACACGAGUGCACAUAAUAAUGCAGUGUUAGCUAUGGAUUUGUUCAAGAAGCAAAAGUCAAGCAUCACACAAGCCUUGACAAAACAAACCGCUGAGAGUACAAAUGCAUAUAGGAUGCGACUUGAAGCUUCAAUUGAAUCAAUCCAAUGGCUUUUACUCCAAGGGUUGCCUUUUCGUGGUCAUGAUGAAAAAGAAAGUUCCUUAAGAAGAGGUAACUUUCUUUCACUUUUAUCCCUUAUUUCCAAAGGUAACCCUGAAUAUUCUAAAGUUGUUUUCAAAAAUGCUCCUAGUAAUUGUCAACUUACUUCUCCAAAAGUCCAAAAAGAUAUCAUAAAUGCAUGUGCAAAAGAGACAACUAAAGCAAUGCUUGAAGAUAUUGAUGGUGGUUUGUUUUCUAUCCUUGCUGAUGAGUCCGCUGAUGUUUCUGACAAGGAACAAUUGGCUCUUUGUUUGAGAUAUGUUAAUAGAAAGGGAGAAGUGUGUGAGCGUUUACUUGGUAUUGUGCAUGUUGUAAACACUGCUUCUUUGACUCUCAAAACUGCUAUUGAAUCCUUAUUAAUGGAGCAUUCUUUGUCUUUCUCUCAAGUACGGGGUCAGGGUUAUGAUGGGGCAAGUAAUAUGCAAGGUUCUAUUAAUGGCCUUAGGACUCUUAUAGAGAAUGAGUGUAAAGAAGCUUAUUUUGUCCACUGCUUUGCUCACCAACUUCAAUUGACUCAAGUUGCACUUGCUAAAAAGAAUUCAGAUUGUGCUUGGUUAUUUGUUGAUGUACUUGCACCUCUGUUGAACUUUGUGGGGGGUUCACCAAAAAGGAAAGAGUUUCUUCGUGAAAAUCAAGCUCAAAGAGUGGUGGAUGCUUUGUCUCUAGGUGAACUUGAAACGGGUUCAGGUUUAAAUCAAGAACGUGGAUUAGGUAGACCUUGUGAUACUCGUUGGGGAUCUCACUUCAAGACAAUCUUGAAUGUACUUGACUUAUUCCCUGUAAUCCUUGGUUCUCUUGAGGAUAUUGCAAAAGUAUCUGAUACAAUAGAUUCUAAUAGAGCUCAAACACUUACAAAUCUUCUGAUGUCCUUUGAUUUUGUGUUUGUGGCACACUUGAUGGUUAGUAUAUUUGCGAUAACAAAUGCUUUGAAUGUGGCCUUACAAAAGCACGAUCAAGACAUUGUGAAUGCAAUGGCCAUGGUUAAUGUAACCAAGACUAAUUUGCAAAAAAUGAGAGAUGAAGGAUGGGAUUCUCAUAUGGAACAGGUCAUUUCUUUUAUUGGUGACUAUGACAUUGCAGUUCCAGAUAUGGAGGCUAAAUAUGUUGUUCCCGGGAGGAGGUUGUUUCGAGGUAAAUGCCCACAAGUGUCUAAUUUACAUCAUUUUCGAGUUGAAGUUUUUUUUGGUGUCAUUGAUCUUCAAUUGCAAGAACUUGAAAAUCGAUUUCCCGAAAUAACUAAAGAACUACUUGUGUGUAUGUCUUGUUUGAGUCCUGUGGAUCGUUUUUCUAAGUUUGACAAGGAAAAAUUGAUUAAGCUUGCAAAAUUCUAUCCUAAUGAAUUUCCAAGUUCAGAAUUGAUAGUCUUUGGUCAUACACUUGAGAGUUACAUUUGUUCUGUUAGAGGAGAUAACAGGUUUUGGAAUUUGAAGGGUCUUAGUGAGCUUUCAAUCAAAUUGGUUGAAACGGGAUUGUCUGAAACUCAUGAUAGGGUCUAUUUACUUUUGAAGUUGGUGUUGCUUCUUCCUGUCGUAACGGCAAGUGUGGAAAGGCAUGGAAGAUAUCAUGAAUCGAUAUCAAAACAUGAAAACUCGUCGAGAACUAUUGUAAUUUGUAAUAAGUUUGCAUUACUAUUUAGUUGUCGUUUGUAG